AUGAGUUGCAGCAGCAGCGGUGGCAAGAGAGACGUGGCGUACGCGGGCGCCCUGUUGUUUCUUAUUGCGUCCGCAACAAGCUCGUCGCACCGCAGGACUGUCUCCGUAUCGGCGGCAGCAGCAGGAUCAGCAGCAGGAACAGCAGCCACCAGGGACAGCAGCAAGGGUAGGACUCAGUUCGUGAGCGUCUCCGCGCCAUGGCCAACCUCCUGCCUGUCGCCUCUAGCGGAGGCCUCCGAGUUCGUGGCGGAGGGCGGCGGCGGCCUGUUCUGGGACUACGUUGAGGCUCUCGCAGACGCUCCGCAUUCGUUGUUUUCCCUUCAUCAGCCAAGCUGCUAUUAUGCUCAUCACCACGAUAGGGUAGCAGGAGGUGCCACUGAGGCUGUAACUAGUGCCGAGAAAGAGGACGGCGAGGGCGAUGGCGCAGGGGCAACGGUCGCAGAGGCAGAACUGCUGCAACAGCGGGAGCGGAGCGCGGCUGCCGUUGCGGACCGGGAGGGAGGAGCGUUGGUCACGGCUGCGGCGGUGACCGCUGCCGGGCAAGGCUUCCCCGCAGGCGCGGGCACCGGCGGCGCUGGUGGUGCUUCCGGCGUAGGCCUCGACGAGCUGUCGCUGAGACUGCUGACUAUUGCCCUCUCCGCGAGGGCCCACGCCCCGGCGAUAGAGUCCCACCGGACGCUUGCUGCACCCACAUGCUCGGCUUGCUUGGAGGCACGAAAGGGCACAGUAUCGACGUCUUCUUCUCCGCGAGCGUGGGUGGUCCUCCUCCCGUCAGGCGAUGUCGUGUGCUCGCCGGAAGACCUACCGGACGCGCUGUCGUCGUUUUCCUCGCCUGGGACUUGCUCCGCAUCGGCGGAGGCGGCGGGAGCCGGCGGGGGGAGCGAAUCAUGUGCCAGUUCUUCCGCCACCGGUAGCGAAGACGACCGGGCUACUUCAGAGCGUAGGUCUUCCAGUAACGCGUUGACCUUCGACCACGUGUACGCUGGGAGUGACCGCCGUGGCUCCGAUGAUGGCGGCGACGGCGAUGAUGGCGGUGACGGCGAGUCUUCUUCGCCUGCCCCGAAAGCGACCGCGGUACUGUACGGGGUGGUGGGCAGCCCGGACAUGAUGGCCUUCCACCGGGUGCUGAAGGCCAAGGCGGAGACGGGGGCGGUCACGUACGCUUUCCGGCAUGCCUUGCCUUACGGGAGGGGGGACGGUGGUGGCGGCGGCGGCGGCGAUGACGAUACGGUGACCACAAAUACGACGCCCCUCCAAGGGUACGGGGUGGUGCUGGACGUGAAGAACAUGGAGUACCAGAGCUUCGAUUCAUCGGACUCGGAAGGAGAGGACGGUCAAGAGGGAGAAGACGGAGACGCCACCGGCGGCGGCAGCGACGCGCUGUCGAUCGUGGAGGGGGAGGAGGUCGGCGGCGUGGUGUUCUCCACGGUGGCCUCGAGGAGGCCGGAGCUCAAGCGCGAGCUCGGCAUGCUCCGACAGGCGCUGCUGCUCGAGGAACAAUCUGGCGGCGGCGGCGGCGGUGACGGUGGGGCGGAGGAGCUAAAGGUCUGGAAUAUGGGGGACCUGGGGCUCCAGGCCCUGCAGUCGGUCGCCGCGGCGGAUUCCCCCGUCCUCAGGCUGGAGGAGCUGUCGCAGAAUUUCCCGUCCCACGCUUCUGCCCUGAGCGCGCUCAAGGUGCAGCCGGGCACAAGAGAGGAAGCGCAGGCGGCGGGGUAUCUCUUCCCCCAGGGGCUUGGGCUGAGGCCCGGCAGUCUGUACGUGAACGGCAAGAUGGUGGAUCUAGAGGGACCGACAUUCAACGUCUUUCAGAUUCUGAGCACGCUGAGGGCAGAAGCGGCGACGGUCGGAGAGCUCGGACGAAUCGGUGCGCCGGAGGGAGCUCUGUCGGGAGAUCGAGGCCGGUCAUUGUUGACGAAGUCGGGUCCUCUGGCCAACCCCGAUAGCAACAGCAACAGCGGCGGCGGAGAGCGGGGGGGUAUGAUGGGGGCACCGCAGUCUCUCGGGGGGGGGUGGCGCGUGGAUAUCAUUGGGCCCCAGCCGUCGUCGCCCCCCUCCAAGGACCAGAAGAAGGCUCUUCCUUCUGCUUCUUCGGCUUCGGAAUCCCCGGCGGGGUCUGCGAUCGUUUGGCUCAACGAUAUUGAGGCCGAUCAGGCCUACAAGACGUGGCCCCCUAGCGUCCAGCAGCUCGUGUACGCCGGGUUCCAGCUGCCGAGAGUGCGCAAGAACCUGUGCAACCUCGUCGCCGUCAUGGACCCUACCACCACCGCCGGCGCGGAAACUUUACAGGGGAUGCCAGUACGCGUGGGCCUCUUGCUGGUCUCGGAGAAGGACCUGAACGACCUAGAAGAACGGGAGGGGGACGAUGAGCGUGGCCAAGAAGAUGCGGGCGGUAGCGAUGGUGAUGAUGAUGAUGGCAACGAUGACAGCCUCCCACCGCAGGGGGUAGAACGAUUGCCUCGCGAGGAAUUCAACAAGGCGACGAAAGCGGCGGCACGGCGGGGCGUUGUGUGUGUGUGA